GCCAGGUUCAACUCAAAAGGAAAAAAGGUUACAAUCAUUCAGUGCUACGCGCCUACAAACGCCUCAGAACAUGAGAAGAAGGAGGAUUUCUACAGUCAACUACAAACAGUAAUAGACAACGUCCCAAAGAGCGAUAUCAAAAUCCUGAUGGGCGACAUGAAUGCGAAACUGGGAGGAGACAAUACAGGAAGAGAACUCACCAUGGGUCGUGAGGCCCUCGGUGAAAUGAACGAAAAUGGUGAACUCUUCUCAGACUUCUGCGCCUUCAAUGAUUUGGUGAUUGGUGGCAGUGUGUUCAAACACAGGGAUAUACACAAGGCAACAUGGAUUUCACCAGAUGGACACACCAAAAACCAGAUAGACUUCAUUUCAAUCUCAAGGAAGUGGAGACGGAGCCUACUGGACACAAGAUCGAGGAGAGGAGCAGAUGUGGGUUCAGACCACUAUCUGGUACAAGGGACUUUCAAGGUGAAGCUGAAAGCCUCGAGGAUACCUGGGGAUAGGCCACAAUGCAAGUUCAACACUCACAAACUGAAGGACACAAUCACACAGGACAUUUUCACUGCAACUGUCAGAGCAAAGCAGGAAACACUACGAGGCACCACUGAGGAAUCAUCCGUGGAAGACCAUUGGAACUCUCUGAAGGUAAUUUUCAACGAAACGUGCUCAACGGUUUUAGGAAGAAAGAAGAAACAAGACAAGGAAUGGCUCUCAACAGACACUUGGAAACUAAUAGAGGAGAGGAGAAAGGUGAAAGAAAAAAUGAUUCAAUGCAAAGAUGGACAAGAGAAAGAGACGCUGAACUCAACUUACACAGCACUGGACAAAGAAGUGAAGAAGAGUGCCAGGAAGGACAAAAGACAAUUCUACGACAACCUGGCUACUGAAGCUGAGAAGGCAGCAGGCAAAAGGGACCUGAGGACACUAUAUCAGAUAACCAAGUCUCUAUCCGGGAAGAGAUCAACACAAGUGAAACCUAUAAAAGACAGCCAAGGGAACCCAAUUACCAAAGAAGAAAGACAGAUUAAACAAUGGGCGGACCACUUCAAAGGACUCUUGAACCGACCACCACCUACAACCCGUCCAGUAAUACCAACAACAGCACGUACACAACUGCAAGUUGACACCAAUCCUCCAACGAAAACUGAAGUCAUGAAUGCAAUCAAGCUUCUGAAAGCUGGAAAAGCAGCUGGACCAGAUGGAAUACCCCCGGAAGCACUGAAAGCGGACCCAGAGACGACAGCAGAUAUGCUGACUCCAUUAUUGCAAAAGAUCUGGAAGGAGGGAAAGGUGCCUACUGACUGGAGGAAAGGUUACCUGGUGAAACUACCAAAGAAGGGCGACCUGGGACUCUGCAAGAACUGGCGAGGAAUCAUGCUCCUGUCGACGCCAAGUAAAAUCCUGAGUCGCAUCAUCCUGGAGAGAAUCAAGGACGCACUGGAUACAGAACUCCGACCAGAACAAGCUGGAUUCAGGAAAGGCAAAUCAUGUUCUGACCAAAUUGCAACUCUACGCAUUAUCAUCGAACAAAGCAUGGAAUGGCAAUCAAAUCUCUACCUCAACUUCAUAGACUUUGAGAAGGCCUUCGACAGCGUUGACCGCGAAGUAAUUUGGAAACUACUCGAGUACUACGGCGUACCGCAAAUAUUCAUCAACCUUAUUCAACAACUGUACGACAACGGCACAUGUCAAGUGAUCCACAACGGAAAACUCAGCGAAGCGUUUGGAGUAAACACAGGAGUCAGACAAGGGUGCUUAUUAUCACCAAUGAUAUUCCUAAUUGUGGUGGACUGGAUUAUGCGUCAGACAGUGGGAAACCAGAAGACAGGGAUAUCCUGGACCGACGUGAAGAACCUAGAAGACCUGGAUUUCGCGCGUGGAUGAUUUAUGUUUGAUGUCACACAAAAUCGAAGACUUACAAGCAAAAACCGACAAACUGGUCGAAGAAGCAGCAAAGACAGGACUCCAGGUCAACAUAGACAAGACGGAGGUUAUGAAAAUAACCAACCAACAACA